AUGAUUGAUACAUUCAAAGUGAUCUUAAUUGGGGAUCCUUGCGUUGGAAAGUCAAAUUUAUUUAAGAGAUGCGUUGAGAACACAUUCACAGAAGAAUACCAAAAGACAAUGGGCUGUAGUGUUAGUAUGAAAACGAUCAAUAUUAACGAAGAAGGGAUAAAAUUUCAAUUGUGGGAUACUCUUGGGGGAUUUGCGAUAAAACAUACAUUCCAAUUACUAGAACCUACUUCGGACGUACGACAGCAGCAUUGAUAA